GAGCCAACUUACUUGUCCUAUUUCCUGCCUGCCUGUGAGGAAGUAGCUGAGGCGCACAGAGGAGCCUGGCUAGGGCCCUGCAGGGCGCGCACCAGGACUUCAUAAAGCUGAGAAUGUCGGAAAGCUCCACGCCCGCCUUUGCAGGCAGGAGAGCAGUGCCACCCAACACCUCCAACGCCGAGGAGGAUGACCUCCCCACGGUGGAGCUGCAGGGCCUGGUGCCCCGGGGAGUCAAUCUGCAAGACUACCUUAAUGUCACCAGUGUUCACCUGUUCAAGGAGAGAUGGGACACCAAUAAGAUAGAUCACCACACUGACAAGUAUGACAACGACAAGCUCAUUGUACGUAGAGGGCAGUCUUUCUUCAUCCAGAUAGACUUCAAUCGUCCAUAUGACCCCAGGAAGGAUCUCUUCAGGGUGGAAUACGUCAUUGGUCGCUACCCUCAGGAGAACAAGGGAACCUACAUCCCAGUGCCUGUAGUCCCCGAGCUACAAAGUGGAAAGUGGGGGGCCAAAGUCGUGAUGAAUGAGGACAGGUCUGUCCGGCUGUCUGUCCAGUCUUCCCCCGAAUGCAUCGUGGGGAAAUUUCGCAUGUACGUCGCCGUCUGGACCCCCUACGGCAUACUCCGAACCAGCCGAAACCCGGAGACAGACACGUACAUUCUCUUCAAUCCCUGGUGUGAAGAGGAUGCUGUGUAUCUGGACAAUGAGAAGGAAAGAGAAGAGUAUGUCCUGAACGACAUCGGGGUAAUUUUUUACGGAGAUGUCAAUGAGAUCAAGACUAGAAGCUGGAGCUAUGGUCAGUUUGAAGAUGGCCUCCUCGACGCUUGCCUGUUCGUGAUGGACAGAGCACAGAUGGACCUCUCUGGUAGAGGUAAUCCCAUCAAAGUCAGCCGCGUGGGGUCUGCGAUGGUUAAUGCCAAAGAUGAUGAAGGUGUCCUCGUUGGAUCCUGGGACAAUAUCUAUGCCUAUGGCGUCCCCCCGUCAGCCUGGACUGGAAGUGUUGACAUUCUCUUGGAAUACAAGAGCUCUGCAAAUCCGGUCCGGUAUGGCCAGUGCUGGGUUUUUGCUGGUGUCUUUAACACGUUUUUACGAUGCCUUGGAAUACCAGCAAGAAUUGUUACCAAUUAUUUCUCAGCCCACGAUAACGAUGCCAACUUGCAAAUGGACAUCUUCCUGGAAGAAGAUGGGAAUGUGAAUUCCAAACUCACCAAGGAUUCGGUGUGGAACUACCAUUGCUGGAAUGAAGCGUGGAUGACAAGGCCUGACCUGCCUGUGGGAUUUGGAGGCUGGCAAGCCGUGGACAGCACCCCCCAGGAAAACAGCGACGGCAUGUAUCGGUGUGGCCCCGCCUCUGUGCAAGCCAUCAAGCACGGCCACGUCUGCUUCCAGUUCGAUGCGCCCUUUGUUUUUGCAGAGGUCAACAGCGACCUUGUCUACAUCACGGCUAAGAAAGACGGCACUCAUGUGGUGGAAACUGUGGAUGCCACCCACAUUGGGAAACUAAUUGUGACCAAAGAAAUCGGAGGAGACGGCAUGAAGGAUAUUACUGAUACUUACAAAUUCCAAGAAGGUCAAGAAGAAGAGAGAUUGGCCCUAGAAACCGCCCUGAUGUAUGGAGCCAAAAAGCCUCUCAACACAGAAGGUGUCGUCAAACCAAGGUCCAACAUAGACAUGGACUUCGAAGUGGAAAAUGCCGUGCUGGGGAAAGACUUCAAGCUCACCAUCACCUUCCAGAACAACAGUCCCAGCCGUUACACCGUCUCAGCCUAUCUCUCAGGCAGCAUCACCUUCUACACCGGGGUCGCGAAGGCAGAAUUCAAGAAGGAGACAUUCGAAGUGACGCUGGAGCCCUUGUCCUUCAAGAAGCAAGAGGUGCUCAUCCAAGCCGGCGAGUACAUGGGCCAGCUGCUGGAACAGGCGUCCCUGCACUUCUUCGUCACAGCUCGCGUCAACGAGACCAGGGAUGUCCUGGCCAAGCAGAAGUCCACGGUGCUGACGAUCCCCACGGUUGUCAUCAAGGUCCGUGGCGCUAAGGUAGUUGGCUCUGACAUGGUUGUGACAGUCGAGUUCACCAACCCACUGAAGGAAACUCUGCAAAAUGUCUGGCUAUACCUGGAUGGUCCCGGAAUACUGAGACCAAGGAGGAAGACAUUCCGUGAAAUCCGGCCCAACGCCACCGUGCAAUGGGAAGAAGUGUGUCGGCCUUGGGUCUCUGGCCCUCGAAAGCUGAUAGCCAGCAUGACCAGUGACUCCUUGAGACAUGUGUACGGCGAGCUGGACUUGCACAUUCAAAGACGACCUUCCAUGUAAAUGCACAGGAGGCUGAGGUGGACCCGGGCUCUGGGCCUCCUGUAGCUGCGGCUAAGGAAACUCUAAUGCAAACAUAGUCAGCUCUUGCUUUAACCUAGGUGUCAAGACCCAGACAGGACCAGAGAGGGCCCCAGAGUGCUGACGCCAUGUAUUUCAAAGAUUUACUUUUCAAAACCCAGGCUAUUCAGGAUGGAAGUUAGUUUUUAAUGUCUCCACCUUCCAAAGGAUUCUGAGCAUUAGCUUUAAACUCUAAUUAAGCUCUCAUAGCGCAUAAGAGUAAAAGUCAUCAUUUAUCAUCAUGAACGGCUACAGCUCCAAAUAUCAAAGGCCUCUAGCAGGAGGAUUUGAUCUAUACCUGAGACUUGUCGUUCCCCACCCAGUCUUUCGGGGCAACACAUUUCCUAAAAGGGAGCAGUGAUUUGGGCUCUAGAAUUCUAUUCCCCUUUCUUGGAAUUGGGUUCUACUCUCAUGUCAGAAUAUUUUUCCCAGGACUUGAGAGCAACAUCAUUUUUCUUCUUGGCAUAGCCAGGGAAAGGUCUUUGAUCUUGCACUUGAAGCCAACCGGCUGCCUGCCAAAUUUCACAGAUUUACCUUGUGAGAAGAUGUGGCCCCACAUUAACAAAUUGCAUUUGUGGGAAACUUAAUCACCUAAGAGGAGCUAAGAAAGCAGGUGCAAUACUCGGGUCUAUUAAAUAAUGUAGUUUAUGGUGCAUUUUAUAGAAGGUGUCACACUGUGGCCUGAUCGGCAGGAAGCAGUAUCCCCUAGUUUAACUCUUUCUGGGAUGCAGCACUAGAAAGUAAAGAGGCUGGUUUGAUACUGGAGGAGUGAGGAAUUAGUCUCCUUAACUGGGGAUUAUACGUCACCUGUCUCUCUGGGAUCUUCUCCUUCACACACUGAUGCAGGCUCAGGCCCAACAGGUUGGAGAAGCUGGCAGAUCUAGUGGCCAGACAUGUGGAAGGACGGCAGCCACUGACUCUCUCUGGUCCGUCCCAUCGCCCAUGUUGGGACCUCAGCUUGGCACUCAGGUGCUGAGAGGUAAUAUAGACUCAGCUUUGCAAAUAGCCAGUGGUAGUUCUGACCCAACGAAAAAGGACACUGACAUCUUUGUAUUACGUUCCAAAGCACCAAAAGACAAGUCUCCAUGGUAUUUAUUUGCAAGGCUGAUUUAUGGUCAGAAUUUCCCACUGAUGUGCCUAGGGUGUGAUUUAAGUCAGCAGACUGUGAUUCUUAGCAAAAAAUGAACAGUGGGAAGAAGCACACUACGGGGAAAGCCAGAAUGAAAUACCCUGGUUUAUAUAACUGCAUUUCUAAGCUUUUGACGUGGUUCCUGAGCCUUCAACACUAACCUGUGAGGGUUAGCUGGUCCCCUCUAUGGAUGCAUCAUACAUAACUCCAUUAAGUCGUCUCCUAGCAUUUGCCAAGUCUUCCAAUACCCAAUUUUAACAUGAAAUGCAUUUUCUAGCCUGUUAAACUGGCUUAACUUAGUAUAUUCUUAUUAAUUAGAAUGUAAUAGAAGCUUAAAAUAAAGUUAAUCUGAUUAUAUUUGCA